AUGGAUGAAAGUCCAACACCUGCCGAACUGCGUACCUCACCUGAUAGUGAUGGUUCAGCAAAGAAAGGUAAAGGCAAAGGCAAAGGCAAAGCUAAAGGAUCACCAAAAGAAAAAGGAAGUCCUAAGGGGUCAGCCAAAGAAAAAGGAAGUCCUAAGGGGUCAGCCAAAGGAAAAGGAAGUCCUAAGGGGUCAGCCAAAGGAAAAGGAAGCCCCAAAGGGUCAGCCAAAGGAAAAGGAAGUCCCAAAGGAAAACCAAAAUCUCCUGUUAAAAAAGAAGAGGAGCCUGAUCUAUCUAUGGCAAGCAUGGGCCACCCAGAAAUAUUUCCCUUGGUCCUCACUGAAAAAACACAAGAAAUAUUUAACUGCUCUGCUGAUAUAGAUGUAACAGCUGAAAAUCCUUACAAGCUCAUUAAAAAGGAAGAUAUUAAUGACAUGAAGACAAGAGCUGCAAUUUCUGACUUCCACCCUAUCAAAAAAGUUAUACUAGAUUAUCCUGGCGAAGAGCUCCUGCUAGUCUUUGACAGAGUUAAAUAUGGACAAAUCUUUUAUCUUAUUGCAACUGAAGAAGCAAAGGAAAACAUUUUAAAUCCACCAGAGCCUGAGGAAGAGGAAGACGUUAAGGAAGGGGUGCCUGAAGAGGUUUAUAAACCUCCUGUGCCCAAACCUUUUUCGCUUGGAAGUGAAAAGGAAAUUGAAGAAGAAUCAGUCAGGGAAUCAACAAGGAGGAUUAAAUAUUUGAUUUCUCGACCACACAAAGAAUUUGGGAUUCGGGUUAAGUUCCAAAACAGAAAUGCGACACUUGAUAAACAUGCCUACGUGGAGUGUAUGCCCUAUCAAGACAAGUACUUCACCAUUCGGCAGCUAGAGAAAGAUAUUGGCGUUCAGGUAGUUCCAGAAGAAGAAAGUACUGGAACUCAGACAAAAUGGACUUAUCCCAAAAAUGCAACGACACAAUAUUACCCGAGAGAAUUUUCAGAAAAUGAAAAGGAGGUGUACUUGUCAUCAGAAGAAUUGAAAUUGAAAACCUUUAUCGUGUCUGUGGCUUUACGAGUUGAGAUUGCACUGCAACAAAAUGAAAUCAUGAAUGUUUUUUUCGAUGACUGGAAAGCUCUUGCGGAAGAGGAAAGUGGUUUUGCAGGUAAAUCUGAUGUUACCAUGAAGGAAUAUCAGUCCUUUACAGAUCUGCAUUAUCUCAAGGACAGAACUGUUAGCUGCAUCUCCUGGCACCCAACCAUUUAUGGAAUAAUUGUUGUAGCAGUGACGGAACGGCUCUCUUUUGAGGAACGAGUAGCCCAAUCUGGGAAAUUGCUCUUAUGGAAAGCCCCAAUUCUCUUCUAGUUUGCUGACCCAAUUCAUCCUCAGUUGAUGCUGGAGUGCCCUGAAGAUGUUUAUUGCUUUGAGUUUUCUCCAAAUGAUCCGAACAUCAUUGUUGGAGGCUGUCUGAAUGGACAGCCCAGUUUCAUGCUGGAACAACAAAUGGGAAAGGAGCCACACUUGGUGAGGUACUGUGCAGUCUCAUCUAUAGAAUACGGCCAUAAAUCUAUAAUAACGGAUAUACACUGGCUGCCAGAUUUUUUUGAGGUCAACAGGAUGGGUACUGUUUUUGAAAACAGAGCUGGAAUUUCUGUGCAGCUGAUGACCUGUUCACCAGACUGCACAAUAUACAUUUGGGAUCUCCGAGCUUACAGACCUACCUUACAAUCUUCAGCUGAGAAGAAAAAGGAAGAGGGCAUUAUUAAUGUUCCACCUGAUGUGCCUACCACCUUCAAACACCUAGACCUUGCCUGGAAACCUAUCAUAAAGAUCAGUCUGCCCAAGGCAGAUACAAGUGCUGAAUAUAGUCCAAUAAGAUUUAGCUUCAGAGAAGAGCACUAUCACACCAAAAUUCAAGACAAAACAUCUCUCCCAAACAAGCAAAGCAAAGAGGCAUCCAUAGAAAAAAUUCCAUAUGCGGAGAUUCAGGGCUCAAUGAUGAAACCUCUUAAGCUGCUGGAAAAUAUAAACACCAGCUUUUUUGUUGGAACUGAAGAUGGUGAAGUACUUUAUUCGACUGGAAGAUGAAAGAGAUGUGACUCAGGAAGAUUGCUUAGUCAGAAACCAUCUAACAUACACAGUACCCAUGAUGGGCUUGUUCACACUGUGCAGAUCACCAUUUUCAAAGAUAUCAUUCUCACAAUCGGAGGCUGGAAUUUUGCAAUAUGGAAAGAAGGUGUUACGGGUGGACCACUCCUUAAGUCAAACUGUGCAGCAAAGAGAUAUACCGUUGGACAUUGGUCUUUAUCAAGACCUGGAGUUUUCUUUAUUGGGAGAGAAGAUGGAAAUGUUGACAUUUGGGACCUACUGGAGAAAACCCAUGAAGCAUCUCAGACCCAAAAUAUCAGCAUUGCACAUAUUACUUCUAUUAAGCCUUGGAUGUAUUCUUCAAAGCAACACUUCCUAGCAGUGGCUGAUGAUUUUGGCACCUUGCAUAUUUUAGAAAUUUCGUGGUCUUUAAUUCACCCUUCCAGCAAUGAGCGUUCCAGUGUUCUUCAUUACUUUGAGCGAGAAGUCAAACAUCUGGAGUAUUUUGAGCAGCGGCAGGAAUUCAGAAAUGAAGAAAGGGUGGCCCUUGAGUAUGAAAAGAUGAUGAAGAGAACGAAAAUGGCUGGUGGUCAGCGAUCAAGAGAGUUAAUGGAAGAACAAGCCAAUCAAAAUUAUAUAGAAUUUUUGGAUUUGGAGAAAGCCAUAUUGGUUCGACUUGGAUUAAUCAAGGGACUAGAUAGAUUUAGCCCCUCGAGAAACUUGUUGACUUAA